CUAUCGAUUAAAAGUAAUUGUCGACUCGGUCUGCCUAGUGAUCGUGGAGUUCAAUACCAGUCAGAAAGUUGCUACAGAAGGAUUCAGAUCGCAGUGUGGCUAAGUUCUGACAAAAAUCCUGUGAUUAACCUGCGCCCUAGUUUGCCCCGUUAACAUAAUGGCUCCAUUGUCUGAUUUCCAAAAGAAGAAGAUACUGAAAUUAUUCACCAUGUUAUACGAUAGUAACAAAGAUGGGGUGAUUGAAAAGCAGGAUUUUGACAUAUACCUUCAGAGAGUUAGCGAUGUGCUACAGUGGAGCAAGGGCAGCGAGAAGUACGUGAAUGCCCAAGAGACGCUGGACAUUGUCUGGAAGGGACUCGUCGAGUAUGCGGACACAAACAAGGACUCAAAGAUCACUGAGGAGGAAUGGUUGCGAAUGUGGGGCGACUGUCUGGCCGAUAUCGAAAAGGGGCAGUUCCCUGCUUGGCAGAAGAAAUACAUGGACCUCAUGUUCGACGUCAAUGACAAAUCUGGUGAUGACUUUAUCGACUGCAGCGAAUACACGACGUUCCUAACGCGGUUUGGAGUAACCGAGAAGGCGUGCGGCCAGGCAUUCCAGCAGAUCUCUGGCGGUAAGAACAUCACUCGUGAUCAGUUCGCGAGCUUGUGGAGAGGCUACCUAACGUCCAACGAUCCCAAGUCUGCUGCAAACUACCUGCUGGGAUAAUCCGUAUAUACAGUUGAUUCCAGCAAAUGACAUCUACAUUUUUAUUUCCAUAGGACCAAUCUUUAUAACUGUUGUGAACGACAAUAUGUUUUAUAUUAUCUUUGUAGAGUAGUAUUAGAUUAUAAAAUGGUUAACAUAAAUUUAUGGAUCACAUGUUUGCUCAAAUUCUUAUCUAUUAAUGAACAGUUUCUUUUGGGUUUGAAGAAACAAUUUGAAAAUCGCUUUCAAUAUUCAAUAAAUGAACAUAUACCUAUUACGGGUCCGCUCAAUUUGUGUUAUUGUUGAUAAAAAACUGUUAAUGGAACUAUUCUUUCUGAAUGUAUAUUUUUCAAAGGACAAAUUAACAUAUAUAAUUGAAUAAAGUGAAUUGAACAUU